GGACUUAGGCUGUCGGCCUGUCUUGGUGACUGGUAAAUUCUCCCUUGCCGGAAGAUUCCAGGGCUAAGACACUGGUUCCGAACCCAACGGAACCCCGCGCGGAGCCACGCCGGGUCACGUGGCCAGCGGCCCCAUGACAUUCUGGUUGCCGAGCGUCAUCGUGACGUUUGGGCGACCCGCCGAGUGGCCCCGCUGCCUCCGCCGCCUCUGCAGCCGCGGUGCUGCCAUGGACCUAGGACCGAUGCGCAAGACUUACCGCGGGGACCCAGAGGCAUUUGAGGAGACUCAUCUGACCUCCCUGGACCCUGUGAAGCAGUUUGCUGCCUGGUUCGAGGAGGCUGUUCAGUGUCCCGAGAUAAUGGAAGCCAACGCCAUGUGUCUGGCUACGUGUACGAGAGAUGGGAAACCGUCUGCCCGCAUGGUGCUGCUGAAGGGCUUUGGCAAGGAUGGCUUCCGCUUCUUCACUAACUUCGAGAGUCGAAAGGGAAAAGAGCUGGACUCCAAUCCCUUUGCUUCCCUUGUCUUCUACUGGGAGCCCCUGCACCGUCAGGUGCGUGUGGAGGGGCCCGUGAAGAAGCUGCCUGAGGAGGAGGCUGAAUGCUACUUCCACUCUCGCCCCAAGAGCAGCCAGAUUGGGGCUGUGGUCAGUCACCAGAGUUCCGUGAUCCCAGAUAGGGAGUAUCUGAGAAAGAAAAAUAAGGAACUGGAGCAACUCUACCAGGAACAGGAGGUGCCAAAGCCAAAAUACUGGGGUGGCUACAUCCUGUACCCACAGGUGAUGGAGUUCUGGCAAGGCCAAACCAACCGCCUGCACGACCGGAUCGUCUUUCGACGAGGCCUACUAACUGGAGACGCCCCUCUGGGGCCCAUGACCCACCGAGGGGAGGAAGACUGGCUCUAUGAGAGACUUGCGCCCUGACUCCCAAUCUGCUGGCACGGAGUGGAGCUGGGGCCAGUGCCCCAGAGAGGGUAUGGGAUGGGGGGGCCAGACCCUUCUAAACUCAAGCCACUUCCCUUCCUACCUCUUACAUUCAGGGCCCUUCAGUGUUUACCCUCAGAAUUCUCUGUAGUCAGCUAGUCUAGUGGAGUUUAACAGUGGCACAGACGAUCACAAAUGGAAAAUCUCGUAAUUUUCUUCUUGACCUUAACUAUGAUUUAUUGGAAUAGCUCCCUCUAGGGGUGGAGCUGAUGUGAUUCCCUUUUCUGGUGACAGGGGGUGGGCCCCCAGCAGCCUUGUCUGUUAUCACAUGACAGAGUCUGGCCAGAGCCAGUUGGUCCCAGCAGAAGCACCCAAGGCAAUCUAGCCAAUGGGUUUUUCUUUUCCUUCAAAUUUGAAAUUUGAACUCUAGAGACUCAGAGCACAGGAACCAUUGUAGCCGCCAAGUAAAUAAUGGUGGCCUAGAAACAGCAACUUCUGGCUGCUGCUCUUGCAAAUUCCCUGAACGAUCCACAGAUCCCUCCUUCCCAUGCCUGGGGUUGUGCAAUUCCUCCUCCUACCUCAGAAAACCCCCAUUAUCUCUUUAAAAAAAGAGAGAGGGAAAAAAAUAAAAUAGAGGUUUUGUUUUUUUUUUUCCUUGGCUUAAA